AUGUAUAAAUCACCCCUCAAAUCCAUACCAUUUCAAUUUAGUAUCAAUCAUAUAGGAAUAAGUAGUAUACGAUAUAACAGUUCAUCUAGUUCCGAUCAGUUGAAUUAUUAUCAAAUUCUAGAAAUCCCAACUAAUUCAACUAUAAAAGAAAUCAAACAUCAAUUUAAAAAAUUAAGUAAGAAAUAUCAUCCUGAUUUAAAUCCCAGUUUAGAUAAUGAUGAGAAAGAAGCCUUGAAUGAUAAAUUCAUCAAUAUCGUCACUGCUUAUGAUACUUUAAAAGAUAUCAAACGUAAGAAAGAAUAUGAUCAAGAUAUAUUAGGGAGAUCUUCACAUCGGAAUAAUUAUGGAUUUGGAAGUAAUAAUCAAAGUAAUCGUGAACGUGAAUGGCAUAAUAAGUAUUAUGGAGAAGCGAAAUAUUAUUCCAAAUCAGGUUCAAGUUCAGGAUCAGGAUUAAAUACUAAACGAAAUAAAGUUUAUUUUAAUGAUCAAAAUGAUAGUUCUGAUUUCGAUUUACAUUCAAAAUUCUCAGGUCAUCAUGUAAAUUAUGGCGAUAGAUUCGAUGUCCCUCAUUUCGAUUAUAAUCAACAUUUACAUAAACAUUUGAAAUUCGAACAACGAAUUAUAAAUAAACAUUUAUCAAAGGAAGAUCGCGAUAAAAUCUUACAAAAUUUAUUAAAAUCAUCUUCAAAUAAUGAUAUAAGUGAAGAAUUAAUCACCAAGCAUUUAAUGAGACAUGUUCAAUUACGAGAUAAUAAUCCUAUGAAUCAAUCUCAAUCAUAUUCAUCGUCUUCCACAACAUCCACAUCAUCCCCUCGUCCAAAUCACGCGUCGUCAUCAAGUUCAUCCUCCACUUCCUCGUCAUAUUCCUCCACAUCACGGAACCCACACAUGUAUUACGCUCCACCACGUCAAGAUUCAGAUUCAUCAAUGUUUAAAACUCUAAUGUUAUUCACAGGAGCAGGAAGUUCAUUAUUCUUAUUAUACAAAGCCGUAUCCUGA